AUGACAUCCACCGAAAUUAACGUAACAUCCGCAACGGCACUCCAAAAUCAUAUCGCACAAACAAUAAAAACCCUCGAUUACUCUAUUGAUCGCACAAAUUUAUUUAAAGGCGCAACUCAUAUUUUGUUGAACGUUUUUCCGGAUUGGAGUGAACAAGAAUUGGAGUUUUUUGAGAUUACGAGUGGGUUAACGAAUAAACUUGUGAAGGUUACUAAUAAAAAAACUGGCUUUGAGGCAUUGGUUCGCACGUAUGGAAAUAAUUCCGAAAUUUUUAUUGAUCGGGAGAAAGAAAUCUUGAAUGUUGUCGCCUUAUCGAUACUUGGAUUCGCUGUUCCACUCUACGCAAAAUUCAAUAAUGGAACGGUGUAUGGAUACAUUCCAGGCGAAGCAUUCGCUCAGCAUGAUCUUAAAGACCCGAAUAAAUCCGCAUUAGUCGCUAAGCAUUUGGCUAAACUCCAUAGAGUCAAUAUUGCUGGACCGAAGAAACCAAUUUUGUUUGACAAGAUUCGAGUGUGGUUGAAUCAAGGUGUGCUUCCUCGAAGAACAACUCGUAAAAAACAAUUAUCCGGUGAACACGAAAACUCAGUAGCGUUUAUCGAUUUCGAGUAUGGCGGAUAUAAUUAUCGUGGAUUUGAUAUUGGAAAUCAUUUUAAUACUUUCGCCGGAUGGCAAUGUGAUUAUAGCUUAUACCCGACUAAAGAAUUCCAACUUGUUUGGCUCCGUCAUUACUUAUCAUCGUUUCAUCCUGAGACCGAAGUUACCGAUGCAGAAGUAGAAGAUUUGUAUCGAGAAGUAGCGAAAUUCAGGCUUGCCUCCCUUUUCUACUGUAGUGUAUGGACAUUGCUCUCCUCCGAAAUUUCUGACAUCAAGUAUGAUUUCAUGGAAUACGCCGUACGAGCGUUGAGAGAAUAUUAUCAAAUUCGUGAUGAAGUUCUGGCGCUUUAA